AUGAUAUGGGAUGUAUCGUUAUGGAGCGCUGGCUCAUUUGUUCUUCCCGUUGCUCUUAUUUUUUAUUUCAUAUACCAUAUGGUUAGGCCUUUUUGGAAAGUAAUUGUAAAUUGUUGGUUUUGUAAUGAGAAUAUUCGUGUCUCUUACUGCGGUCAAAAAGCAUUCAUUUGUCCUAAAUGUGGACAGUACAACGGUUUCAAGGAGGAUGGCGAUUAUGAUCGAUUCAUUCCGGAACAAAAAUAUGAGUUUCUAAAUCCAGCACCUAAAAAAAAGAUGAAUGGAAAUCGAGGAUUAGUCACUACCAGUGGUUUAUGUCAAAGAUGCAACAUGCAGCAGGCGCGUAUUCAAUCGCAAAUCAACAAAUUCGAACCUCGAGAUGAGGCAAAUUUUGAUGGCGAAUUCGAAUUAUAUAAAACACGUUUGUAUAAGAGCUAUCCACUUUGCAGUGAUUGUGAAAGGGUUGUACAAAGAAAAUUGGAACUCGAUAAGAAAUUUGGUCUAAAUCAAUUACAAAUCGGUCGCACUGCUUCGAUCUCUACUCUUGCCCAUCGUUACAAUCAUCCUUCACAGAAAUGCUUGUCUGAGAUCAGUGAAAUACCACGACGUGGUCGCAGUCACCGACGCUAUCCUGCAGCAUUCUUCAAUUGCGGACCUGUCUCGAACUGUUUAAAUUUGAUUACAUUUUCUACUUCUUGCUGUCUUUUCGUCGUUUAUUUGUUGCAACUACAGAACAACACUACUACUUAUUUGAUCGACUUGAGUCAGUUAUUACCUUGUUAUGUGCUGUCUUCAUGGAUACCAUUUCUGAUGUUUCAUAUUUCGAAAGUAAUUCUCCUGGGCUUCGGUUCGCACAUUAUGUCAGUGAUUGUAAUGCAUGCUCGACGAUCCUUGCCUGAUAUCGUCUCAUUUUUUAUUUGGUGUGUGUUGUUAUUUUUAAAAAGUAGUGAAGAUGAGAAGCAAGAAUUGCUUCUUUCGCAGUUAAUUUUCGUAUCUAUACUAUGUAUAGUUUCGUUUGCUGUUGCAUUUUUCCCUCGAAAAUUAUUGCAUCGAAAACGGCCGAACAAUAUCAUACAAAGUGCGUUUUCAAUAGCAAGCACUCCAGUGUCACAGUGUAGUACCCUGUCCGCUCAUACAAAUAAGAGUGUAUCCUUUUCGGGAAGCGUGCGAGAUAGAAGUGUCUCAUCUCAGGAAUCAACACCUUCAAGAGAAUUGGGGAAACUCUUCAAUUCUUUAUCACUUGGUGAUGAUUUAAGUCCUCCUAAAGGGACAUCAAUCCUGCAGCAACGGCGAGGCCCUUUUGAUUCUAUGAAAAAACCGGUAUUGGCAGAACCUCGUUUGCGAAUUCGUGAUACUCGAGAGAAAACGUUUUUGGAUAGAGGAAUGCAUUUUCCUGCUUCACGCUACGUGAGGUCAUUUGCUCCGUCAACAAUGACAUCAGUGAGUGUGACACCUCAUCCACCGAAAUUUACAUUGUUUAAUAUCAUUUGCAUGUUGGGGAUAUUGUUGAGUCUAGUUUUAAAUAUUUUCAUGUUUUACAAACUAUUUUAUUCUGCGAAACUAUAG